UGUUUCGGUUCCAAGGCGACUCAGCCUCAGCCUCACGCUGAUCUCGACGUCAAUGACAUGUACCUUUCGUCCUGCCGUGGUUGCAGCCAUCACAUGCCAAUCGCAAUAUUAGGCUUGGAUAACAUGCUCUAAACCUGUUUGCGCCACUCGAUGGCGGGCCGAACGAAUAGUGGGCUGGCCACCGCCUGAACGCGAAGCCCAGCAAGUGCAAGGCUAUCCAGACCUCAGUUCCAAUGCUCUUCAUGCAACGCUAUGGCAAGGCAAAGCAAGCCGUCGAAAAGCACAACAAUCCUCCCGUCUCUGUCCCGUCUUUUCUCCAAUUGCUUUCCAUCAUAAUUACAACUCCUCUGCGUCGUUGAUACAUACCAAUUCCUUCGCAAUUGGGUCUCCUGUCAUGUUAGCGAUUCCCACUUCAUUGCUUUGGCGAUAACGGCUCGAGGCGACAUGCCAACCAUGGGAAGUAACACAGGCACAGCGCCAAAGGGAACCGAUACUGCUGUGCUUCCUACCACCGCCAUCAAAUAUGCUCACCAGGCGGAGAAGUUAUCUCUCGCUUCCUCGGGGGACGACAUCGACGGAGCAAAUACGGCUGUUAAAGCCCAUUUCAUCACGCCCCAUGACCCCAUCAUAGUUACAGGAGAUGGGGGACGCUUACCUGGCGUCCCUCUCGCAGAGGCAGAAAAACUAAAUCGACUGAAGGCUGUUGUUGAAGGAGACUCGGCGGACACAACACAAGUGGGGGCCAUCUCUGAGAAACCACAAUCGCAAAAUGGGACACGGCCAGAACCUCCCCAGGACGGGAGAAUACAGAAGAACGGGGAAGGCUCCCUGCGUCGAGCAAUGCCCCCUUCGAGAACGAAUCCUCUUUUCCCACCGCUUCCACUAUAUGGACCUUCCUCUAUUGCACGAGAGCUGCAAUGCCUUACAUUCCGAGUCUCCUCAUUCGUCCUCUCUGGGUGCUUUCUGGGUGCAAUUGUGCUUGGUGCAGGUGUCAAAAAUUUACAGCCAAUGUUCUUCCAUAUCUGGCUACGCCUGACAUUUCGAAACCCGGAUGCUAGGCGACCCUUCUACCAAGAAGAGAAGCGACUAAAGAAAGUACGGAAGGAUGAAGAAAAAGCUUGGAAGAAGAAGAAACGAGCCCGGAGAAGUUCAACGAUUAAAAUGGAGGAUGAUACUGAAGGCGGUCAGGAAGAAUUCAUACCUACGGAAGGUGGCCCAGAUCCGUUGGUGUGCGACGUUAGUUACUAUGCGAGACGAGUUGGACUUGACAUGGAGACAUUCAAGGUGCAGACGGAAGAUGGCUUCAUCAUUGAGCUGUGGCAUAUUUACAACCCACUUGAAUUUACGCCUCUGUCCGAUGCCGAAAGAGCAGCUCGUGGCCCAGAUAUUUUUACUGGCGCUGGUCCUUCUCGCUCGUCGCAGACCCAGAAGCCCAAGUUUCCCAUUCUUAUGAUGCACGGUCUCUUACAGUCAUCUGGAGCAUACUGCACAAACGAUGACCGAUCAUUGGCUUUCUACUUGUGCAAGUCUGGUUACGACGUUUGGCUUGGAAACAACCGCUGCGGUUUUCACCCAGAUCACACGCUUCUAUCCACCUCCGACCCUAGGAUGUGGGCAUGGAACAUUCGUCAAAUGGGAGUAAUGGACCUUCCAGCCCUUACGUCCCGAGUACUUUCAGAAACAGGCUUCGAGAAGCUUGGGCUAAUAGCACAUUCCCAAGGCACAACUCAAACACUCGUCGCGCUUGCGAAAGAGCAACGUCCAGAUCUAGGCGAGAAGCUGACCGUCUUCUGUGCGCUCGCCCCAGCCGCGUAUGCUGGUCCAUUGAUCGGGAAAGCCUACUUCAAGUUCAUGCGACUCAUCUCCCCAGCCUUCUUCCGUAUCAUCUUUGGUAUUCAUGCAUUCAUCCCUCUCAUGAUGACGAUGCACCGAAUCAUCCCCGGCAAGCUCUUCGGCGCCAUGGGAUACGUAGUCUUUCAUUUCCUGUUCAAUUGGAGCGACGACCGCUGGGACCGUGGCCUACGAGACCGCUGCUUCCAGUUCGCGCCUGUUUACGUCUCUGCGGAAUCGAUGCGUUGGUGGCUGGGUCGCGAGUGUUUUGCGCAACAGAAAUGUAUCCUCGCUACUCGUGAAGAAGGACAUGCUGAGGAUGCAGAGGAUGAGAUGGAGGACUAUUAUAAGCAGUCCGAACAGCAGGGCGAAUCAUCGCAACCUGCUGAUCGGCCAUCGCAUUUCCAUCGCAGCCAUGAGGUUAGGAAGAAUCAUUUGAGGAGACCUAAGGGUUCUACUGCGUGGUAUAAUGAAAAGGUCCCGCCAUUUGCUCUCUGGAUUACUGGAUCGGAUGAACUUGUUGAUGGGCGUCGGCUGCUGAGAAGGUUUGAGAGAGGCAGAGAACCGCAUGUGAGAGUUGUGCAUAGUAAUGUGAUUGAGGAGUAUGAGCAUUUGGACGUUAUCUGGGCGAUGGACUGCAUUGAAAAGGUUGGCAAAGAGUUAAAGGAAGUGCUGUGGAAGACGUGCGACGUUAGAGACAAAGUUCGGAUACCGAAAGGCUGCGAGGAUGUUGAUGUUUGGAGGGAUCCGAAGUUCGAUCCAAAGGCUGAGAGCGUCAAUGGUGCCGAUGGUGUAGAAGAAAAGGAAGAGGAGAGCCAGAGUAGCAGUGAUAGUCGGAGCGAUUAAGCGGACGGGUGAGGAGCCGGGUAGAAGGCUAUCACUAUCAAGUACAUAGUACAUACUUUUCAGCGUUUGAGCGUGUUGGCGUCGGGCCUCGGUAUGGCAAAAGCAGACGGUUUCAAUGGGCCUGCAUACAUAUACAUAGAAAUUACUGUAAUAGCAUUGAUACUCUAGUAUGUCAAAAUUAUGUAGAUAGACUCUGACUACAUACAUUACGAACACAUAAAUAAAUACAAGAAAGAUGCCAAUCUGAAA